AUGGCUUUCAUGAUGCCCGUAGUGAAGAACGAUUGGGACAUAUACAAAUCCAAUCGGUCCAGGAAAACAUCCGAGUGCAACACCUCUAGCACACCAGGACGUGCUAGGAAGAUCUCCGAAACCCGUUCCGAGUAUCAAGGUUUCAAUAACAACACCUCUCAUCAAGGUCCUUUUCCCAAGCACCACUCUAUGCCAGACAAAAUGUCUUUAAGAGGGUUUUCCAGAGUGAGAACUUGUUCGGAGAAUAUUUCUGGUGGUAGGGUAAAGGUGGUACCCCAAGAUCGUGAUGUCAAGGAAGUAUCUUCUUCAGCGAACAACUUGAAGCAACACAACGAGAAAAUGAGUUGGCUGGAAAAGAUUAAGAAGUUUGUUAAACAGAAUAAAAAUGAAGAUGAACGGGUUCAGUCAUAA